AUGAUAGAAGCCAUGGAGCUCAAGAACACCACCACAACGCUGGUCCAGCGCUUGAGCAGCACCGAAGCUCGGCUGAUCCGCGUAGAAGUUCUGGUCCUCUUCAGCACCUUGGCGUGGGUUCUCCUUGAGCUGUUCGGCUCAUUCCGCCGGCGGUAUAGCCAUGGGUUCUUCCGCCUCCUCGUCUGGACAGUGUACACACUGUCCACUGUGCUGGCGCCCUACACCAUCGGCCUGCUGCAGGCUGGUCCAUUCCGUGACCAGACGUUUGUCCUCUGGGGCACCAUCCUCCUCCUGAUACAAGUAAACCCUGUCUCCCUCUCUGUCUACAGUAUCCAGGAUAUUGAGCAGAGGAAAAGGAUGCUUGUGCAGCAAGUCAUGCAAAUCUUUCUGGUGCUAUGGCUGAUCAUCAAUGGGAGUGGUGGCAACAAGAGUUACAAUGCUACCAUAUGGAUUUUCUAUAUCCUGAGCAUCAUUUUGACAUUCAGCAAGUUUGGGAAUUUAAGUAAGGCAAGCAAAAAGGGAGGUUUGGUGGCGCAUUCUAAAGUGAUUGCUGAUUACAUGCUGGUUGAGCAUCAGCUUGCUCCGGUCUUCAAUCCAUGCACUAUGGAAGGGUACAGCUACAUAUUUCACGGGGAAAUGGAAUUGACUUCCCUGCUUCCAACCGCGCCUGACUACAGAGUUGUGUUAAAAGAGGUAAUCAAUUCAGAAUACAUCACCAUUGAUUCUGUUUGGCGAUGGAUCGAGUCUCACAGCUUCAAGCACAAGGAAACUGCGGAAGUUUACAAGGAUACUGCGCUCUCCUUCACAUUAUCCAAACUGUUGAAACGGAGAUUCUGUGGCUACCGACUCAGUGAAGCCGGCCUUGAGAAGACACUGCAUCUCGUUCUUCAUGGGCUCCUCUCCGAGAAUGCCAGCUACGUUCGUGCUUUUCGUGUUAUCGAGGAGGAGCUGUCAUUCAUGUAUGAUUUCUUCUAUACAAGGAUGGAAUUUUACUGGGGGAGGUGGGGCAUGUCAGCAGUUGCUACAUUGUUUGCUAUUGUUUGGAACAUCAUUUCCGGAGCACUCAGCAGACACUACCAUCGUAGUAAUUUGGAACAGAGAGUCAAUGGAACCGAUGUUAUUCGUUGGGUUACCAUUGUUUUGCUUGCCAGUUUAGCUUUGAUAAACUGCACGACAACAUUUAUAUCUCCUUCUAGGAUGUUAGUAGUGGAUGACAUCCGGGAAUACAUUACCAAGUCACGAACAAAAACUGUAAAUGAGAGUCCCACAAGAGAAGGUACUUGGGAAAGAAAGCUUGGGCAGUACUCUCUGUUACUCAACUUCGACUAUGAUCCAUGGAAUGCACUGCCUUUUCUGUCACUAGGCUUGCUCGAUGCAACAAGAAAAGGACAGAAGUCUGACAAGAAGAUAAAACUGGCAGAUACAGUCAUCAUCCGCAUCCUCUCUCAGUUCAAAAAGAACAACGGCAAGCUAGAAAAUGGACAAGCAGCACUUGCUAGAAAUCAGCUGGGAAGCCAAUUCUCAUGGGCCUGCAACUUGCCAACACACAUCCACACAAUCCUUGUAUGGCAUAUCGCCACAACCAUCUCCCGGAACGAGCUGUCGCUGGAGGGCAACGACGACCUUCUUGUUGCCGUGAGACUGUCGGAUUACUGUGCCUACUUGGUAGCUUUUGUUCCCGACAUGCUGCCUGGUCAUGGCUACGACACACGACGCAUCUUCGACGCUGUGGUCAUGGAGGCUCGGCAGCGCCUUGCCGGAUGUGAAACUCUGAGUGGUAGGUAUGAGAAGUUGAUCACAGGCUUGCAUGACGACGAUGGUACAAUCCUAUAUAAGGGAGCCGAGCUUGGGAGGCAACUUAGAGAUACUGUUCCUGAUCAAGGACAGCGUUGGAAGGUGCUGGCUGACUUUUGGGCAGAGUUCAUACUCUUCCUGGCGCCAUCGGACAAUGCGGACAUCCAUGCAGAGAUGCUGGCCACCGGCGGGGAGCUCAUGACCCAUCUCUGGGCACUUCUCACUCAUGCUGGUAUUCUGGGGCGGCCCUCUUCCUCCUCUGGGAUAGACCAUCUGGGAGGGUUUAAUGGUACCACUGCACAAGAGUCUGUGGUUUGA